AUGGAAGAAAAGUUUAUCUGUGGAGGAUUUCCUGGAAAAAAUGACAUAGAAAGACCAUUUUUACUUAAGAAUAUUUUCAAGGAAGAAUCCACUGAAGACGAAUAUUUGAAGACUGACUAUGCCUCUGAGUUUAAAGAACAGUGGCAAGAUUUAUCUCUGGAAGAGGAACUUGUUUUUAUUGAUAAUCUUGAAAAUUUUUGUAAAAAGCUGCCUACUUCAUCUGUAUUUCUGAGCAGACUACAGUUCUUUUUCGUGAAAGAUCCCCUUUUAGAUUCUGAAGGGCAGAAUUUAACAGAAGAGAACAUUUUCAGGGAAUGUUUGACUUUCCAAAAUAAAAUGGAGACCGAAGAGAAUAAAAAAGAAUUGCAGGGAGUUCAAGAGAAUUUUUUUACCAUAUCUGUAAAAGAUGAAGAGUAUUUCAUGUUGCCUGUUGUGUUAGAACUCUGCAAACCUAAGAAUGACAGAUCAGAUUCUGUUAAGAUUCCAUCAUACUUGGAACUGAAAGAGUUGUUAAAUUUAGUGCCAGAAACUAUGACUGAUGAAGAUGUGUGCAAAGAGGUGAUCAAAGAAGACCUGAAAGUGGAAAUUACAUACAAAAUAGAAAUUUCCAAUUACUGUCCCAUACCACAAGAGGUUUGCUCCAGUAACAGCAGAAGUACAUUGGAAUACUGCGAUUCAGCUAAAUAUGUUCCAUAUCUGAAAGACAAAAUGGAAGUACCUCUAACUCCUCCGUGCAGACAGCUAAGAUCAUUGGUUACUUUUCUGUGCACAGGACUUCAAGAAGAACCUAUUCCUCUUUCUGGCAACAGUAUUUUGGUUACAGAGCCCUCUAGGGAGUACUUAAAAUGCUUGAUAUGGCAAUCAGAGAAGUAUCAGGAUAAUAUGAAUUCUCUUUUGCUUGUCGAGCAUCAGACUGUUAAACAUUCAUAUCAGCAUCAUUCGCUUACAGAACUGAAGGAAAUGUUACAAGUUGAGGUAGAAGCACCAACGCUUAGCUCACUGGAGGAGGGCUGGUGGCUUCAAUUGGGUUUAAAUCCAGUCUCCAUAGAAACUUUAGAGCAAUUAGUUAUGCAUCCCAGUAAUGCAAAUAAUUUGCUUCCUACAGAAGUAGAAACAUACACACAAUUUACAUCCUAUCAGUUAGAAAGAUGGCUUGAAGAGAAUAAUUCUGUGACAAACCACAAACUGCUUUCUGCUGAAAGACGUCAGUCAGACCAAGUAAUUAAUCUUUACAUGUCACAGCAGACUCAAACGCAGUCUUUUGCCAAGCAUAUGAGUGCUGCAUCAUCUGCCAAAAUUCAGGGUACAAGUACAUCUGUGGAAGAGCUUACUGGAGGAAAUAUAAAAAAGAAUAAGGUAGAAGAGGCAAUUUAUUUCUUAAAACAAGAAAAGAAAACCCCCAAAUCAUCUGAAUCAUUCAGCUGUAGAGAUGUGUCUUCUAAACAAGACAACUCAUCCAGUAGUCAAAAGCCUACAUCAUUUGCACUUAAUACGAAAUGGGACAAUGAUGAUUCUGAUCUGAGCAACUUUAUCAUGCUGAGAUCUAAACAUAUGCUCACCCAAGAAGAGGAGAAAAAGUAUGUAGAUAGUCCUGAAAAAGUGCUACAACCUGAAGAACAGAGUAUGCAUGUUCACAAAGAGGACAGUCCUGUUUGUGAGACUGUAAGAAUAGAGGAAAAUAAACAAGAGAAUGAGGACAGUGUUACAGUCAAUAUUCAAGCAUCAGAAAGCCAAUGCCAGGCAUACUGUCUCUUAGAAGAAGCAGCCACUCCUGUUCUAAAAUAUUUGACACAUCUGGGUGUACUUGCUUCUGUAAAUUGGAGCUUUGACAGCAUUAAAUUUGAUCAUACAAGGUUUUUCUUUAAACAGCAAGAAAAAGUGAUAUGUGAUCGUUUUAAAGAAGGUAAAAUAGAUGAGAAGGAGAUCAUGCUGUUCAGACAUGCUGCUCUAGUGCACCUGCUGGUGGCAGUUCGAGAUCUUCUGUUAACGUGUGGCUUGGACACAGCACUAGGUUAUUUGUCCAAGGCGAAGGAUAUCUAUAAAAACAUCUUAGAAUCCUGUUUGAAUAAUAUCUGGAGACAGUUGAAGAUUGUACAGUACAGCAGACAGAAAAAGCAUGAAACAAAUCCCAAAAUAGCAGAGCUUCAGUCUCAAAUGUUAAAUUGGAUACGAAGUUACGGAGAGGAACAGAGUGUUAAG